CUUUUCGAGGAAAAGCUUGUGUCAGCUCUUGAUAUGCUUCGAACUUUACCAUCAACAACAAUUGCAGAGCUGUUAAAAAAUGAGGUUGGGUUAGCGGAAAGUAGCUUAGAUCAUUUAAUAAAUACUUUUCAUAAAUAUUUAAGAUCUGAUCACAAUAUGAUCGAACCAAUUAAUUCUGAAGCAGUGAUAGGCGAAGGACCGUUCCUAUCUCAAGUAGAUAGUAGCAGUUCACCAAAUCAUGAUGGUAAUGAUGACUAUAAUGGUAAUGGGAUGACUAAUGGUGACGAGGAUGAUAGAAUGAUUACCAGUCAACAAACAUCAGAUCAAAAUGGUAAUAAUGACUAUGAUGGUAGUGAGACAAUGACUAAUAGUGAUGAGGGCGAUAGAGUGAUUAUUAGUCAAGAAACAUCAUAUCAAAAUGGUAAUAAUGACUAUAAUGGUAAUGGGAUGACUAAUGGUGACAAGGAUGAUAGAAUGAUUAUUAGUCAACAAACAUCAUCAGAUCAAAAUGGUAAUAAUGACUAUGAUGGUAAUGAGACGACAACUAAUGGUGACAAGGAUGAUAGAAUGAUUAUUAGUCAACAAACAUCUAAUCAAAACAUAAAUGAACUUGAUGAUGCUGAGAGAUUGUGGUAG